CCAAUUCGUAUGCAUCGCAAAAUGUCAACAAAUUAACGUCGAAGUGAAAGGUAGUGGAUAUAAAAAAUAUGACCGCAUGAUUAGCGUAGACGAAAAGAAAAAGAAUUUGCGGGCUUUCUCUGCCCGAAGACAUCUCGGUAUCUAACAGAAUGUCCUCCUCGCGGGUCAUUCGAGGAACAAAGGCGAAAAUCUUCUUGUAUGUGUGCGGUAUACUAAUUAUAACCGGCCUGAUAGCGUGUUACAACAACACCCUCUCUCAGUUGGACGAGAUUAAAAAAUCCAACGAAAUAUGCCACCAGCAGCAGGAGAAUUUGUCGACGCAACUGCAAGUCAUAUCCGACUACAAACAGAAACUGGAGAAGAGCUUGAAGAACGAAAAGGCGGAACAUCAGUACAGCAAGAAAAACCUCGAGGACGUGAUAAACGAGGAGAAAUCGAAAAGCGAGAAGGUCUCCAAUGACGCAUUGCUGAAGUACAAUUCGCUGCAACAACAUUACAAUUUACUCAAGACUGAGCACGAGGACUUUAAAGAGGCGAGCGGCAAAAUUCAACAGAAGCAGCUGGACGAAAUAAACAGCCUGCAGUCGAAGCUGAAAGAGCUCAAGGAGGAGCUCCGGAAGGUGGAAGGGGCAAAAGAGGCGCUCAAGACGCAAUAUGUGGAGUUGGAGCUGGAAGUGCAAAAAUUGAAGCUUGAAGAACCAGGCAACGAGCAACAAAAAGUGCUCAACGAGCUGAUGAGCAAGAACCACGACCUCCAAGACCGAUUUGACGACUUGCAGAAAAAAUGCGGUUCCCCUGACACUUUGCCCGAACCUCAAAUGGAACCCCACAAAGUGUUGGAAAAUGGCAAAAGCAAGUUGGGCGCUCCGAGCAGUUCGACGAAAGCGAGCGCGAAAUCGUCGGUCAGCAUGAGCGGGGCGAAGCCCCUAAUGUUGCCCGGGGUCACUCCGGAAACAGUGCAAAAAGCUCAGCUCAAAUUUCCCCUGGGGGUGCCGAUGGUACCGGAAAAUAGGGAAAACCAAAAUGAGCAGCCGGAACUGUCGAAAGAGAGGAAAAAGAAUGGCGCGGACAAAGAGGACGGCGAAAAGGACAAUGGCGCUCACGAGGUGUACGACGCGCCCGCUCAAGGGCCAGACGACAAACACCCGAAGGACGGCGUCGAAGGGCCAGGGAACACGUUCGGCAAGCAAUCCGACGGGAAGAUUGGGAAGCAGGACCAGGAGUACAAGGACCUGCAGCGCGAGGAAGAAGUCGAUGCAAUGAAGCAAACUGUCGGUUUUUUACCGCAGACGAUCCUGACGAGUAUAUAGAUAACCACGCCAGGCAGCAGGAUCCGGCUGUUAGAGAUUAGUUUUCUACAGGCUUGAGCGGUUCGAAGCAAUCUCAUGUAAAAAGUGUAAGUAGUAUUACCCGCAAGUGCGGUAGGUGGUUAGAAUUGAACGAUAAAUUUCUAGUGGUUCUUAGAUUUUGCAUUUAAAACGCCAUACCCAAUGCCAAUACCUUAAGUUUUUUUAUAUUAAUUGUGGAAAGGAACAUUGUUUGAAAUAUAUAAAUUACGUAUAAUAUAAGGUGUAAAUAAAGUAGGUUUAGUUUUAUAAAUCGUAAAGGUUUAAACGCAACCUUUUAGUGCAAGUUUUGUAAAUAUUUACAUAUGUAUAUGUAUCUCCUGUGACUAUAAAAUAAAGCAAAAGGUACACUUUGCACUAUGUUUUUUUUUC